GCAUUUUAAUUUAUAUCGAAAUCUUUUCUUCAUCUUAUAUAACGUCUACCCACACACCCAAGCAUUUGCAAAUCCUUUUUAACUUUUUAUAUAUUAUUAUCUUUAUGUCGACUAAAGCUAUCCGUGAAUAUGAUGGGAAAGCCAUUCUCGGAUAUUGGCUUAAGCAUGCAGCUCCCAUAGUUGCUUAUGAACAGGUAUCAGACACACCCGUUGCCCAGUCGACAUCUCUUGCACAAAUUAUUUUUGAUUCACCGCAUACAUAUUCAUCAGACGCAUAUACAGCGCAUGUUGCCCAUGUUUUGGACAAAACAGAGUCUAUUUAUCCAUGGCUUUUAAAUACAGAAUAUUUGGUUGCCAAACCAGACCAGCUAAUUAAACGGCGCGGUAAACUUGGUCUUAUCUGCCUCAAGAACAAUUGGAAAGAUACUCGUUGUUGGAUUGAAAGGUUUGCAGGGAAAGAACAAAGAGUUGAGAAUGUUUCGGGUAUUUUGAAUACGUUUCUUUGUGAGCCAUUUGUGCCACAUGCCGAUGACAGUGAAUAUUAUUUAAGUAUUAUGUCUGCAAGAGAGGGAGAUUUGAUUAUGUUUACUCAUCAAGGCGGUAUAGAUGUUGGCAAUGUAGAAGCCAAAGCACAAAAAAUCUUAAUACCAAUUAAUUUGAAAGAAUUUCCAACACAAAAAAUUCUUGAAGAAACACUUUUACAAGAAGUGCCAACAUAUGUAAGGGAAUCACUUAUUCGAUUUAUUAUUAGAUUAUAUACAGUCUUUGUUACAUGCCAUUUCACAUACCUUGAAAUCAAUCCUUUAGUUGUGGAAAAAAAAGGGAAAAACGUUGAAAUUUACUACUUAGAUUUAGCAGCAAAACUAGAUCAAACAGCAGAAUUUGAAGCGAGUGAAAAAUGGGCGAUUUCCAGGGCACCACAUGUUUUAAAUAUAUCACAUUGUGAAGCAUCAAGUAAAGUAAAUGUAGAUCAGGGGCCACCUAUAGUGUUUCCCGCACCCUUCGGAAGAGAAAUGACAAAGGAAGAGAAAUAUAUUGCAGAAUUGGAUUCAAAAACAGGAGCAUCACUCAAACUAACGAUUCUUAAUCCAAAUGGUCGUAUCUGGACGUUAGUUGCAGGAGGUGGUGCAAGUGUUGUAUAUGCAGAUGCAAUUGCUGUUGUGGGAUAUGCAGAUCAACUAGCAAAUUAUGGAGAAUAUAGUGGUGCACCGACAGAAACACAAACAUACGAGUAUUCACGUACAAUUUUUGAUUUAAUGACACGCGGUCCUCUACAUCCUGAAGGAAAAUAUUUAUUUAUCGGAGGAGGGAUUGCAAAUUUUACAAAUGUCAUCAGUACAUUUAAAGGUGUUAUCCGUGCAAUGAAAGAUUAUGCUUCGGCAUUUCAUGCACAUAAGGUACAAAUAUGGGUCCGACGAGCAGGCCCCAACUAUCAGGAAGGCUUGAAAGCAAUUAAAGCAGCUGGAGAAGAACUUUCAUUACCUUUAAAGGUUUUUGGCCCUGAGACACACGUAUCUGAAAUCGUAUACUUUGCUCUUCUUGGAAAAAAGCCAGCCGAACCCAUUAUUGGCAUUAAUUCAAAAAAUGAUAUGUACAUAAAUUUAUAAA